AUGUUUAGUUAUACCGAUACUGCACAACACGAAACAGAGUCGGAAGACUGGAACCACUUUCAGAGAAAGUAUGGCCAUGAAGGGAAAGCAACAAAGCACCUCAGCAACCUUACUGGUGGCAGUGGCCAUGGCACCAAGAAGCAAGCAUUUGUGGCUGGCAACCCCAAAGCCAAGAAUGGUGGAAUUCUCAAGACUCUGGAGAGUGCCUCAGCGCUGUUAGUGCAAGCAGUUUCUGGAAGCACUAGGCGCAGUAAACUCACCAAACCUGGUGCCAACAAAGGCCACUUCUUGAAGGGGUCAGAUCUCUGCUAG